AUGGUGAUUUCAAAUGAUGAAACAAGAUUAGUUGAAGAUAUGAAGAAGGGAUACCUCCAAUCUUUUGUUAUGCCCAAACAUAAUGCUACGAUCUAUCUUUUUAACCUAUCAAUCUUGGAGACACCAAUUGUAAUCUUCUUAAAUUCUCUGGAAGAUGUCCUACGUGACUUAGUUAAAAAACAAGAACGAUAUUCCAUAGUCGCUGAUGCAACGUGGAUAGAUUUUAAAGCUAAGAUCGGGAAUGUUAUUAUUAAGAAAUUGGGAGGAAUAGAGGAGCAUCCUUACAAGGUGGUUAAUGAUGUUCUCAUCGAUAAAACUGCAACUAUUGGCGCUGAUUGUUAUAUUGGCCCAUGUGUCGUGAUCGGUCUGAAUUAUGUAGUUGAAAACAACGUUAGAUUGAAGAACUGUAUGCUGAUGAAUGGUGUUACUAUUAAGCCGGCUCCGUUUGUGAAGGAUUCAAUUAUUGGGUCCGGCUCGGUGGUGGGUCGGACGGCCCGGAUUGGACAUGCAUGCCUGAAUGAGUUGCCAAGCGUGUUACUGAAGACCUUUUUGUUACUACGGUUGGAUUAUCUAAACCGUACACAUAGAAAACGAUGGGAUGAUCCUUGCCAUAGGAUCGGUGUCAUUCAAUUUAAAAGGAAAAUUUUCCAAUUGGUUGAUUAA